GGUCCACCAGUCUGUGAGCUGAGCACCUCCUGAGUCUCCUGAGAAGAAGGGCUGUUGUGGUUGUUGUUUGUUUGUAUUUUCUAAGUGAAUUUUAUUUCACCUGUGCUCAGAGCACCAUGUCUGUGCCAGGACUCCUCCGCUGCAUCCUCCUGCUCUCCAUCGCCGGGAUUCUACUCCUCACAAAUUCUUCUGCGAAGAGAAUCAGAGGCAAAAGACAGAAUAUGAAGGUUCGGAUCAACGCCACCGGUGACACCAUCGUCCUAAAGUUCCUCCGCCCCAACCCUGAUGUCAAGCUUGAGGGCUACAUUCUGGGCUAUGGUUCUAGCAUGUUCUCCAAGCAGUUCAUCCAGCUUCCAGAGAACGGACAACCCUAUGAGACAGAGAUCGAUGCUGAACCAAAGUACCUAGUUGCUGUCCAGCCAAUCAAACCCAAUGAUGUAAAGAAACAAUGCACAGGUAAAGUCAACCUGGACAAGCCUCUUAACCUGGUGAUUGGGACAGUCUCCUCCACCUCGGUGUUGCUGUCCUGGGGGCCAUAUACAAAGGUGCCUUAUGAGGGCAACAUCAUGAACGAUUGCCUGGAAGAUGGGUACUACACAAUCCGCUACAGAGAAAGGAACAAGAAGUGGAUCUAUCAGACAUGCCCCACCAGUGACACAGUCAUCGACAACCUGAAACCGAACACUCAUUAUGAAUUUGGUGUCCGAACCAACAAAGAUGACCGCAGCGGCAUGUGGAGCAAACCUGUCAUCCACAGCACCAACAUGGGGGACAAAAUCAUGCACAAUCCCUACAAGCCAAGUCAGACCAAGCCUGAGAAGCCUGUGAUGCCGGGACCACGUACAGUGUUACCACCUCGGCCAGCUCUGCACAAUAGGACCCAGCUAAGAUUCUCACCACUUCACACAAAUCCUGCUCUCCCUGGAGCUCCAAAGACAUCUUUUGCACCUCCUCUGGCCGAGCAGGAAACUGCACUUGCCUCUGGGUCAUAUGAGCCCAAACAACCUCAGCUAACACUGGACCCAGACAGCCUUGGUAGAAACGCCUCUUCUCAAGCUGGAGGGAAUUCUCUCAAUUUGAAAUAUCUCCUGUCCACUCAACCCCCUCGCCAGACAACCACGGUCUCCCCUCUGACCCCCUACAAGAUUGACCGACGACAUGGCCUCUCCCAAACCAAGGCACCAAGUGCCACUCCCAAGACUUAUAGUUCAUCUGGUAAUUCUGGUAAAAACAUUCUGAGAGACCCGACCUUGUCAGUCCCACCCAAACCCUUCGAUUCAGUCGUAGCAGUGAGCACCAGGAACCAAACGGCUGUGGGCAGAAGUCCUUUCUAUCCCUUCUAUAACGGCAUACGGCCACCCUCUUUCCCCAGGGCCAACGACUCAUCCAGAAGAUAUGGGGUGAACGGACAGCAUCAUAAAGGAUUGUCUUUCCCCAAACCAGUCAUGUGGUCCAGAGCCAGAAUGGGUUCUCCUGCUCGACCUUCUUUCCCUAUCAAUAAAAAGCCCAACCUGGUUGGCAAUCCCAUUGGAAUUGACAAGUCGAUUGACCUGCAGCAGGACAAAUCAUCUAUCCUGAAGCCAAAAGUGCCCCUUGUGACCGCCAAACCAGUCAAACCAAGAACAACUGCUUCUCCAGUGACAGCAACUCAGUUUGAAACAUGGGAGAACUCGUCUUCCUUCAGUUCUGUUCCAGCAUCCAAAAUCGACGCCCUGGGCAAAGAGCGAUUCAUUGCUCCUCACGUGGUAUAUAAAACAGAUAAGAAACCCGAUGAACCGUGCUCCAUCACUACAUCACUGAGCUACUUCCCAGCAGAAGAAGGAGGGGAAACCACAGUGACCGGUCCUCCUCGUACAGCUCCAUCUAACCUUACCGUGGUCACAGUGGAAGGUUGUCCCUCAUUUGUUAUUCUUGACUGGGAUAAAACCGACAACGAAACCACAGAGUAUGAAGUCAUCUCCACCACAAAAGGACCUGAAGGAGAAAAGGUCUCCAUCCUGACCACCAACCAAACACACACAGCUGUGGAGAACCUCAAACCUGAGUCCAGUUAUGAGUUCAAAGUGAAGCCAAAGAACGAACUGGGUGAGGGGCCACCCAGCGAACCAGUGACCUUUAACACAGAAUCAGCGGAUCCCAGAGUGAGCGAGUACGUUUCAGGCAAGGACGCUAUCUGGACGCAGUUCCCGUUUAAGACGGACGCGUACUCGGAGUGCAACGGCAAGCAGUAUGUUAAGAGAACAUGGUAUCGCAAGUUUGUCGGCAUCCAGCUCUGCAACUCACUUCGAUAUAAGAUCUACCUAAGCGACUCUCUUAACGGUAAAUUCUACAAUAUUGGGGACCAGACAGGCCACGGAGAGGACCACUGUCAGUUUGUAGACUCCUUCCUGGAUGGAAGGACUGGGACACAGCUGCCUGCAGACCAGCUGGAGCCUCGACCAGGUUAUUUCAGAGCUGUGAGGCAAGAACCAGUUCACUUCGGCCAAAUUGGCGGCAAUUCACACAUCACUUAUGUAGCAUGGUACGAGUGCGGUACACCAAUCCCUGGAAAGUGGUAGAAGCCCAAAACAGGUCUAAAGGCAGAGAAGUGACUUUUAUUGGCUGAGAUGGUCACAUGCUGGUUAUUUUUCACCAACGACUUGGUGGUGUAUGAUACCUCAACCUCCAGCACCAAAGUCCAAAACAUGUAUAAAGGUGUACAGUGUUGAAGAGUCAGGGACUUAUUAGCAGGUUUGUGUUGUAUAUGAACAAACCGUGCCUCGCUGUCUUAUUUAUCAUUAUUAAACAACAAGCUAGGAAAAAAAAAAAAAAACAACAAAAAAAUGGAACAAAGAACUAUACUAAAAAUUACGUCAACUACAUGUAAGUCAUGGAUGUUUUGAAAUAGGAUUUUAGUUUAAAUAUUGGGAAGCUGGCUCCCUAAAAGUAUUUUGGUAUUUUGUGUAUUAUUAUUAUUAUUAUUAUUAUUAUUAUUAUUAUUAUUAUUAUUAUUAUUAUUAUUGUGUAAAGUUUGCGGUGCCUUGUUUCUGAGUGAAAAACACAGUAUUCUUCAUUCAGAUGAAACCAGUGAGAUAUUCUCCAUACUCAUUAGAUUCACCCGUCCAUCCAUCCACCCAUCCAUCCAUCCAUCUAUCCAUCCAUCCAUCCAUCCAUCUACUCAUUCAUUGAUUCUUCACCCCAUUCAUUCAUUCAUUCAUUCAUUCAUUGACUCCCAUGUUACAUUCAUUUAUCACGCUUUCUUCCUAUACCCUUGGUAUACUUGGGAACUCCAGACUGUAAAAACCUUACACUUGCAAUUUGCACAACAAAAAAAACUAUUUAUAUGUAUAUGAAGAGAGUAUUUUUUCAUUAAACAUAUUAAACAAAAAGGGAUUUCCUCGUGCUUUUGAACUGCGAAGUAACGUCACUAUAGCCCCGUACACACUGCAGGUAAAAGUGGCCCAAAUCUGAUUUUUUUUGGGGUCAAGUGACCAGGUCAGACUUCAGGAGUAGUGUGAACAAUCAAAUCUAGCCCAGAUCUGAUUUUUUCAAAUCAGAUUCAGACCACUUCCAUAUGUGGUCCUGAAUCAGACCAAAAUCUGAUUUUUUUCCAAUGUGGCCGCAGUGUGAACAAACCGAGGCGGAUUUGAUGCGACUUUUACAUCAAUCUACAUCGACAUUCGUCACAAUUAUGCCCCGGCGAGUACGCACACAAAUGUGACUACGCCGACAGAAUGGAUCAAAUAAUCAAAAGUUGCCCUCGACAUCCGAAAAUUUUCAAAACACUGCGUCUCUGUGCUGCCAUUACACAAACGUUUAGAAAGAAAAGCGAAAAUGCUUACUUCCUCCAUAACCUCGCCAACUUUAGCGCAACGUCGUGCUGUGUGUGACGUCAUUGUUACUGUUCGUUUGCGCAUGCGGGUCAAUUCGAAACAGCAAACCAGUUCACACUGGUACCUGAUAUAGGCCAGAUUUUAAAAGGUAAUGUGAACAGCCAAACAAAAAAAUCAGAUCUGAGCAAAAUAUCCGAAUUGAGCAUUAAGACUUGCAGUGUGAACGCGGCUUAUCAGUGCAAAGGCCAUCAAAUGGGUUUGAGGCCAAUGAAAGCAACAGAAACUGUUUUUCAUGGCUCGCAGUGACAAGUAUGUUUUGUACAGUAAACUCUUCUACACAGCCAAAGGUCACUUAAAAGUGUAUAUAUAUAUUAUAUAUAUAUAUAUAUAUAUAUAUAUAUAUCUA